AGGAAUGUUUCAAAAAGGACAACCGUUCAUUUGAAACUGCCAUGUCUUAAAAUUUAAGAUUAUCAUUAAUUCAAAUUCAGUUUUCAACGUAAAAACUGGACAAUAAUUAACAAGGUGUAUUACAGUAAUUGAAGUAUCAAAUAAUUGUUUUCUUUAAUUAAUCCAUGACAAAAAUACGUCGUUCUUUUGAAUAUCAGUCUACUAACUUAUUUUUAAUAUAUUUGAUGUUAAUACUUUAUAUUUUUUCUUCGAAUACCGGUUUAAUGGUUGGUAUUUCCGGGUUCAAAAACAAUAAUAGAACUCCAUUGUUUAUGCAAAAUGUAUUACCAACUUACUUGGAUUUUCUCCACUGUAUCUUCUAUCAAUCCCAUCAUAAUUAUCAUGACUAUCAUUUAUGUUGGAAUACCUAUAGUGAUGACUUAAAAUCAUGUCAUUUGGAUGAGUAUUUUGAUUAUAUACACAAACUAAAUAAUUGUUGUAAUAAGCCAACCAUUAAUCUUUAUUCAAAAAAUCAUAAAAAAUGGUUAUCUAAUAUUCAUAAACGAAAACAAAAUCAAAUAAUUAAAAAAAUUACAAAUUCAAAUCAAAUUCAACAAAAAUUAAAACAAUUUCAUAAAUUUCAUAGAUUUAAACAAGAAUCUUUACAAUAUUCAAAAUUCAAUAAAAUUCAUUUAUACAAAAAUCCGCCAUUUCAUUUAAAAAAUAAAACUUUUAUAAAUAUUCAUAAAUUAAUUAAAUCAAAUCAAAUUAUUUUAACAAAAUGGUUAAAUCAAUUAACAUAUUCAACAAAUUUAACUAAAAUUAUUAAUUUAACUGAACAAUUUACACAUUUAAUAUUAGAUUUAGCUUAUGAAAGAAUGAAACUUAUACUUUUAUAUGAAUUUCGUCGUAUAUUAAAAAAUGUAUUUGAUAUAGAAUCAUUAAAUGAAAAAUAUUAUACUAAAUCUAUGAUAUCUAAAGAAUUAUGGAAUGAUUUAAUUUAUAAUAAACUUUAUACAGAAUAUAUUUUUGAUGAAUUAGAUUUACCUAUUUUAUCAAUCAAAUCUGAAUUAAUACAAUCAGUUUUCAAUGAAAUUGAUUAUAAUGGAGAUGGAGUUUUCACACCAUCGGAAUUGGAAAUAUUUUUACAAUUUCAUGAGAUAAUGCUUUAAAUGAUCAAUUCACCUCUUAACAAACCGGUGUGCAAUUCAAACAGGAUAGAUUUUUGCAAAAUGAGGUGACUAUUUGAAGUGGAAUAUGAAGAAAAAAAUAGCAAAUAGAUUAGAUAUUUCAUGUGGCAAUUUUAAGUAUUAAUCUCUUUUGCUUUUGCUUACAUCAAGAUUCCAAUAUUAAUGCCAUUGCAAUUACUGUUGUCAUUGUUGUUAUCACCAAGUACUUCGUUAACCCUUCUUGAUUGUGUUGUUAUUUGGUCAAAUAAAUGUGGUGAAAAUAAAG